AUGGCCACCACAACGAAGCAGUAUGGCAUUACGCCUCCCAUGUCGGUAGCGCUCCCCGAGCAGAAGGACAUCGAGAAGAACGCCGAACUUAUCGAGGAGUUGAAGAGAGAGAACAACUACGAGACACAAGAAGCGACCAAGAAGCGCAUGUCGACGCUGGCUCUGCUGCAGAGAUGCCUCAUUGAAUUCGUCAAACACGUUGCGCUCGGCAAGCAACACUCUCCGCAACAGGUCGAGAAGUAUGGAGGCAAGAUAGUUGCGUAUGGAAGCUAUCGCCUAGGCGUGUAUGGUCCUGGCUCCGACAUAGACACCCUCGCUGUUGCUCCUCGACAUAUCACACGUGACGACUUCUUCAAGCACUUCCCGGACACCCUGCGCCGAUUGGUGACAGAGGACGCUAUUGGCUUUCUCGUGCCAGUCCACGAUGCCUUCGUGCCCAUCAUCAAGCUCCAACUUUAUGGGAUCGAAAUAGACUUGAUAUUCGCUUCAAUCAAUGGACUAGAAUCAGUCGACAAGACCCUGAAUUUGAGCGACAACAAGUUGCUGGAUGGAAUGGAUCAAGCAACAGUACGUGCUGUCACGGGGCCCCGAGUCACGGACGAGAUACUUCGCCUGGUCCCCGAGGCCAAAACUUUCCGCACAGCACUGAGGGCGAUCAAGCUCUGGGCUCAACGGAGAGCAAUCUACGCCAAUAUCGUCGGCUUUCCCGGUGGUGUCGCGUGGGCCAUGCUAGUUGCUCGCGUCUGUCAGUUCUAUCCACAUGCGAUCGGAGCGACAAUUGUCAGCAAAUUCUUUUUCAUCAUGAAGGACUGGAAGUGGCCUCAACCUGUGCUCCUCAAAGACAUCGAGCCACAAAAAGGCAAUGACAAGGUGUGGAAUCCUGCUCUCUACAACGGCGACCGCAAGAAUCUCAUGCCGAUCAUUACGCCAGCCUAUCCUUCCAUGUGUGCUACCUACAACAUAUCACAGUCGAAUAAGACCGUCAUACUCCGAGAGCUCGAACGUGGUGCGAAGAUCACCAACAACAUUUUCUUCGGCGCCGGGAAGUGGAGUGACCUCUUUGAGAAGCACACAUUCUUCACCAAGGACCACAAGUAUUACCUCAGUGUCAUCGCUUCCUGCAAGGGCAAAGAUGAUAUCAAAGCGUGGAGUGGGCUCGUCGAGUCUAAAAUUCGAAUUCUGGUGGGACAACUAGAGCUGAUCAAGGACCAAAUCAGUCUUGCGCGGCCAUACGUCAAAGGCUUCGCUCGUGCACAUCGCUGUGCGGACGAAGCGAACGGCAAUGCAGUCGGUGCCAGCGGAGCCGAAGAACCUCCGAGCGGAGGCAAUUUCCAUACACAUACUUUCUACAUCGGAAUCGAUCUGACGCCCUCCGCCCAAAAGAAUCUCAACAUCUCCGCGGCGAUUUCGUACUUCAAAGGAGUUUGCCAGGGCUGGCAGGACUACGAUGCAAAUAUUCAUUUCCUUGACGCGGUCCCCGUGAGGGCACACGAGCUGCCUGAUGAUCUAUUCGACAAGGCUAAGGGUGAGGUGAAGCCAGCUAGGCCGCCUAAGAAAAAGCCUCUGGCUCGACCGAACGGCGAUGCGAACGGCGCUUCCACUGGACCAGAUGCCAAGCGACCGAACGACGACUCCAAUGGCGUCUCGGCGGGACCAGAUACCAAGCGGCAGAAGACUGCUAAUGGUACUACUACACCCACGCCAGCCGCAACUGUAACAAUCGCUCCGGCUUGA